AUGCACCUUCUUAUAUAUUUAGGAUGCACCUUAUUGUUUGUUAUUGUUGUUGCUAUUUUAAUCUUUAUAUAUUGCAAAAGGUAAAAGGAGAGUAGGGAAAGGCUACUUGAUGAAGAUAGGGCAUAUUGGUGGCAAAGAGAAGAAUAGUCGAUCCUUUUGGAUGAAGAAAAAAGAAUAAGAAAAGAAUAGGAAAGGAAAAAUUAACUUGAAGAAGAGGAAGAAUAAAAAAAAAAAAUAAAGUAAUAAGAGGAAGAAUAAAGAAAAAAAAUAGAAUAAUAAGAGGAAGAAUAAAAAAAAAUAAAAUAAUAAGAGGAAGACUCAAAAAAAAAAAUGAAGCAAUAAGAGACAAUUAUUAAAUAACACUUUUAACCAAUAUGUUAAUAGACAUCAUAAUAAGAAGAAAUUCGAAAAAAACCAAUUUAGCAAUAAAUCUAAAUAUUGAAUUAAGAAAUUAGUAAAUUAGAUAAUAAUUAUAAUCUUACAAAUAAUCAAAAAUAAUACUAUAAAAUUAGUAUUAAUAAUAAUUAUUUUAAAAAUUAAAAGAAUAAGGUAAAGUUAAAUCAAUUCCUCACGUAAAAUAGAAUAUUGAGACUUCAAAUCCUGAGUUAGCACUUUUUGUUUUGAAAGAAUAAUUAUUAAGAGAUUAAAAUAGAGAAUUAUUAACAACAAGUCAAGAAUAUUCAUUUGGAUUUGGUUCAAUAAUAGGAGCAUUAGGCUCUGAUUAAGCUUGUUUUAAAGUUCGAAAUACAAAUCUUGAUUAUGAUAAAAUUGUGAAUGACAAUCAAUUAUUAUAACAACAUUUAUUAGAAUUUAAGUAAAAGUUAUCAAGUUCACUUAAUAUUCCAAUUGAUUAAGUUGAAAUUUUAGGAGUAUCAAAAGGAAGUUUUGAAAUUAGUUUUAAUAUUACAGGAAAUGAUCCGGAUUCGAUUUAAUAACAAAUUAAAAAUAAUCCAAAUGCUAAGAAAUUCUUAAAUGAAUAUUGUAAUGGCAAAGUUGAAUAUCUAAAAUAUUUUGAUUAAGCAAGUAAAUCUGCAAAAGGAGUCACCCUUUCUUUUGAUGAUUUUAAUCCUUCACACAAUAUGAGUUGGGAAGGUUUUAAAGAGAAAGAAUAGAGAGGACCUGCUUAACAUAGAUAUGAUUACUAUUUUCCAAGAGGUUGCUAUGGAUUUGGUUUAAAUGUAAAAAAGUAUGGAAAUGAUGAUUGGCUAAAAAUGGAUGGUAAUCAAGGUGAAUGGAGAAUUUUGUAUCAUGGUACUAAGUAAGAUGCAGUUAAUUCAAUUACAAAAACAGGAUUGCGAGCCGGGUAUGGAUAAAAACAUGAAGAUGAUUAAUGUAAAGAUGAAAAUGGAAAAGAUGUUAUGGUAGGAGAGGGAAUCUAUUUCUCAGAUAAAUAUACAGUUUGUAUCGAAGAUAAUUAUUAACUUAAAUAUGCUUAAUAUACUUAAGUUUGUAAUAAGUAAUUUGCAGUUAUUUUUAUGUCUCGAGUAGAUCCAAAAAAAGUUAGAUAGAGUUCUUCUAUGAAAAAAGACAAUUAUUUUGUUGUUAAUGAAUCAAAAUAUGUUAGACCCUAUAGAAUAUUAUUACAUGAAAAAUAAUGA